CAGCAGUUCAGGAAGAUGGUGGAAAGUCGGAAGUCCUUUAACUUCCGCUCCCAGCAGAAGAUCUCCAACCAGCACAAGGAAAUCAAGGCCCUGCAGGGAGAGCAGGAAGAGAUCACUCUGCUUUUGGGUCUCAUCAAGUCCUCGAAGAACUUGGAUCUGAAUGAGAAGAACUACAUGGAGCUGUGUUUCCUGCUGCAGACCAAGGACGACUAUGAGGCCCUGAUUAAGUCAAUGAAAGUGCUGUUGGCAGAACUGGAUGAGAAGAUUGUUCAGAUGGAAAAAAAAAUUAUAAACCAAAAACAGAUCUUCACAAAGAUACAGGAAGCCAAUGACCCCCGGAAACUGCAGAAGCAGAUCCACGUUCUGGAAGCCCGUUUGAAUCUCGUCACCGUGCACUUCGACAAGAUGCUGACCACCAAUGCUAAGCUCCGGAAGGAGAUUGAGGACCUGCGGUACGAGAAGGCUGCUUACGACAAUGUGUACCAACAGCUCCAGCGCCGCUUGUUGAUGCAGAAGAAAACCAUGAAUGUGGCCAUCGAGCAAUCUGCCCAGGCCUAUGAGCAGAGGCUGGAAGCCACGGCUCGCAUGGCUGCCAUGAAGGACCGCCAGCAGAAGGACAUUUCUCAGUACAACCAGGAGAUCCGAGAGCUGGAGCGUGUCUAUGCCCACGAGACCAAGCUCAAGUCCUUCUUGCUUAUCAAACUGAAUGACCGUCUGGAGUUCGAGGAGCAGGCCAAAAAGGAAGAAGCUCUCAAGGCAAAGAAGCACAGGAAGAAGGGCAAGGGUGAGAGUUUCGAGAGCUAUGAGGUGGCCCACCUCCGACUGCUGAAGCUGACCAAGGAUGGGAACCUGAAUCAGCUCAUCGAGGACUUUCUGGCCAAGGAGGAGAAGAACUUCGCUCGGUUCACGUAUGUCACAGAGCUCAACAAUGACAUGGAGACAAUGCACAAGAAGACCCAGAAAAUCCAGGAUGAGAUCAUCUUCUUGCGAUCCCAGCAGAACUCAUCCCAUGAUGACAAUCACUCCGUCCUGAGAGAGAUGGAGGAGAAACUGAAGAAGACCACAGAGGAGGCAGAUAGGUAUGAGAACAGCUACAAGGAAAUCAGCAAGACCUUGGAGUAUCUCAAGAACUCGGUGGAGAAUCUGUUUAAAAAGAUUAAUUGUGAUGCCACCACAAUCCUGGGGCACUUAGGGGAGACGGGGAAAAUCACGGACAACAACCUUCCACAGUACUUUGCCAUCAUUGAGAAGAAGACCAACGACCUGCUGCUGCUAGAGUCCUACAAGCGGAUCCUGGAGAUGGAAGGGGCAGAGACUGAGGUCCAGCCGCCAUUUGUCAACCCUUUCUGGGGCGGCUCUGCCCUCCUCAAGCCUGCAGAACCCAUCAAGGUCGUCCCCCCAGUGUUCGGGGCUGACCCCUUCGGCGACAAGUUGGAUGAAGUGGAGCAGGCCCUGGACCACAGCAGCCUUCGGCAGCUGGUGCUCAGCAACUAUACCGCGAGAGAGUUUCGAAGCAGGGACUUACACUCAGACAGCAUACCGGAGAGGGGGGAUGAUCUGAGGCUCAAGAAGAAGUUAGCGAUCUGAGGCAGAUGGUGCUGCGUUUGUACCUUAA